UUGUAACCUUUUCUGAGGAUUACAGAUCAGGAAGCCGGCUUUUGGAUUUAGUUGCGAUAUUAAUUAUUCGCUGAUUGUAGGGCUUGUGGACGUAGAGUUUUGUUUGAUUCACGGGGAGGACAAAUAUGGCGGAUGUUCUGCAAACAGCUUCUCAAUUUGCCAGCGACCACUGGGUUAUUCUUUUGGUUGGAUUAUCAAUAUUGUUCUAUUAUUGGCAGUGGGUUUCGUACUACACCGUGUUCACGAAACUUGGAAUCAGAGGGCCGACACCGCUUCCUCUUUUGGGAAAUAUGAGGCAAACGCUUCUCAAUCCAAAUUUUGCCCCAAAACUUCAUGUAGAAUGGUGUGCAAAGUAUGGCAAGGUGUUUGGGAUGUAUUUGUUCCGUACGCCUUUUUUAAUGGUAGCUGAUCCAGAAAUGAUCAAAGAGAUCCUCGUCAAAGAGUUUCAUAAAUUUCAUGAUCGAAAGCACAUCGCAGAUUUUCCAAAGCCUUAUGACAGAAUGUUAUCCUUAGUAACGGGUCAGAAAUGGAAAGAUAUCCGUACUACUCUGACACCAACCUUCAGUUCUUCUAAGAUGAAGCAGAUGAUGACGUUUAUGAAUGAAUCUGUGGACACGUUUAUUGAUAAGGUGGACAAAAUUUCAAGAACAGGCGAGAUAGUAGAUUUUCAUAAGUGGCUUCAGUGUCUUACCAUGGAGGUAAUCUUGUCAACAGCAUUUGGAGUGAAAGCAGAAACGCAAACUGUCGAAAAUGAUCCAAUCACUGAACGAGCAAAGAAAGCGAUGUCUCCUAAACCUAUUAUUGGGUUAACAUUGCUUUUGCCAUUUGGAGACCGGUUACUAUACUAUCUUGAUGACCCCUUUGGGCUGGACCCAAUCGGUUCCUUAGCAGCCAAUAUCAUAGCUGAAAGGACAAAGGAAAACAGCAAAUGGAAAGCUCAUCGCAAAGACUUACUCCAAAUGAUGCUGGAUGCAAAAGAAGAAAAGGGCGGCGAAAACCUUGACAAUGAAGAUAUUCAGGCCCAAAGUCUCGUAUUUCUUAUCGCUGGAUAUGAAACUUCCAGUACCACUAUGGGAUUUAUUUUCUAUCACCUCGCCACUGAUACGCAUGUGCAAGACAAACUGAGGGACGAGAUUGAUCGCAUGUGGCCUGAGGAUGAGGCAUCGCCUUCAUACGAUCUGCUUCACAAGAUGGAAUAUCUUGACAUGGUUAUUAAUGAAGCACUCAGAAUUUAUCCGCCAGGAUUUGUACUUCAGAGGGACUGCAACGAAACCUGCACUAUCAAAGGUGUCAAAAUUCCAAAAGGAAUGCCGAUCAUGUUUCCAUGUUAUGCGAUUCAUCACGACCCAGAGAUCUAUCCAGACCCUGAUAAGUUUAUUCCAGAAAGGUUCACAGAAGACGAGAAGGCAAAGCGUCAUCCGUACGCAUUCAUGCCGUUUGGUCACGGUCCCCGCAACUGUGUCGGUAUGCGAUUUGCUUUGCUGGAAAUUAAGCUGACCCUGGUGAGAUUACUGAAGAAGUACAAGCUGGAAUGUACGGAGAAAACAGCGGUUCCAUUGGAUUAUGUUGUUGCCACUACGAUGUCCUGCCCGCAAGGAAAGGUUAUGCUUAAAGUUUCACCAAGAGAUUAGAAAACAAAGUGGUGCCUUGACUUCAAGCUUAAUUAAUUAUACACUGCUGGAAAAGUUUAUGUCAUGCUUGGGAUGGUUUAGACUGAACCGGAAGAAUUCUGUCUUUUUCAUUAAUAUACCUCUUUUGUCAACGUUUUCAUGGCUAACACAAAAGGAAAAGUUAUUAAGACUUUGUUUUGCUUUGUUUGUUUAAAUUUCGGCCGAGAUGUCAGACACCGUCCUCCAAUUUUUUACUCAUGUAAUAGAUAUAGAUCACAGCUCACUGAGCUGGGUAGAGCAUGAUAUACUUUUAAUUCACUAAACUCCGAAAACCAACCAUGGUAUCAAAGCUGUGUAAAUAAAAGCAGUAUCAGGCUCAGGAUAUUUCAGUGAGAAAGGCUCGUAAUCGUCUCCAUCCUGCGGCAUUUACGAACAGAAACUAUCAUUGCAAUUGUCUCAGCGGUUGGAGUGGUCUUGAACAGCUUCGUAGCUCGAGCUCUGGGUGUUCGCACCAAAUUUGGCGCCCAACAUCAGUGUAAGCAAAAACAAAGUAAGAUUGGCCCUACAAUGGUUUAGUUGACAACCACCUAAUCCGCAGUUAGCGUUAGGAAAGCAAAAAUGCUUAACAGCAGCUAUCACAGAGAGUUUCUUAAGUUUUCAGCAUCAUUUUUAACCGAAGGCGGUAACGUCUUUCGGCGAUCAUUAUCUCUUUUUAAAGUAUUCAGUAAUUUUUCUAUCAAAGCUGUUUGCAUGUAAGUGCUUUACGAGAAAACCUUCAGUAAUCAAAAGGUUAACUUUCUUAAGCAGAAUUAAAUGUUUAUAAAAUAAAUGCUCAAUCAACCAUG